AUGUUUUCUUCCAAAACUGAGUACGACAGGGGCGUUAACACCUUCAGUCCCGAGGGGCGGAUUUUCCAAAUUGAGUACGCCAUCGAAGCAAUCAAACUGGGAAGCACAGGUCUGGGAAUUCAGACCCCUGACGCAGUUAUUAUUGCCGCUGAGAAGCGAGUUCCUUCCACACUGGUUGACCCUUCCAGUAUGAACAAGGUUCUGGAGAUUGAUCAUCACAUCGGUACUGUGCUGAGUGGCAUGGUGGCUGAUGCACGAAUUCUCGUUGAACAUGCUCGAGUAGAGGCGCAAAACCACCGUUUUACCUAUGAUGAACCCAUGUGUGUGGAGUCGUGCGCUUUGGCUACAUGUGAUUUAUCUAUUCAAUUUGGUGAAGGUGGUGGGCGCAAGAAGCUAAUGUCCAGGCCAUUUGGUGUUUCGCUCCUUAUUGCUGGUGUGGAUGAGAAUGGGCCGCAGCUUUGGCAAACUGAUCCUAGCGGGACGUACACUCGCUAUGACGCUCAGGCAAUCGGUGCUGGUGCUGAAGCUGCACAGACCGUUUUCAGUGAGCGUUAUCACCGUAAUAUGUCUGUUGAAGAGGCGGAAAAUCUUGCUGUUCAAAUACUGAAGCAAGUCAUGGAAGAAGAACUGACAAAAAGCAACAUCGAGAUUGCUGUUGUUUCUGCCGCUACAGGGAGGUUGCAUAUCCAUGAUCAGGCAAAAAUACAAAGUAUUAUUGAUCGUCAGGCUGAGGGAUAA